AUGAGCAUCCCAACAAGUUUUCAGGGCCUGAGGGUCAGUGUGGACAGAGGAGAUAAGAUCGGAAACAAAACCCAGAUCCAGUUCCCCCAGACUGGGGAUGAUAACGCCAAUCGUAUAUCUUCUAUAGGUGAUCUAGGAGGAAGGAGACUGACAAAGGACACGAGAUACGGCACAAGUUCAAUUCCUCCUUUGGUGUCUCAAAGUGAAUCCCCUAACAAGUUGGUGAUCUGGGGCUCCGAGCAGCAAUGCCUGGAGACUGACCUCCGAGAGUUUGAGCUUGUAGAGUGUCAGGAGAUACAUACGUUCUUGAGAAACAGGGAUCAGGAGGAGGAGAACGAGGAGGAAGACGAUGGAGGAAGUCUGAGGGAUGGACGAGAUGAGGGUCCAAUGUCCAUAUCCUCCAGUUCAACUGCCAGUUCCAGCUCGGUCGGCAUGAGGAGAAAUGACAACGACAGCAACAAAGUGGACAGGAGAAUGCAGAGGGACAAAGGGGGGCAGAAAAGGAUUGCCUCUCAUAGUACUGAAGAGUUAGACACAUGCGUGGCAGGCUCAACAGGGAGGGGGAAGGGAGGUCUGAAGGAGUCCAAGUCUGAGACAAAUGUGUUUGUGUCCAGUUUGUCAGCCAUCGCCCUCAGCGGGAGCUUAUCGAGUGCUCUGGACUGUACCGGAGAAGCGCCAUCUCCUAUCUCUCUGUGCCAACCCAAGACCCACCCUUACCCAAAUGUCAACAAUGCUACCUCAGCCCACACCAGGAGAAGGGCAGUCCCUGCAGAUGUCAACCAGAACUCGGCAUCAUUGCAUCCUCAGGAGAUAUAUGACUAUCCUCAGUUCUGCAGCCAGGAUCAGAGACAGAGGGAUGGAAGCCAUCACAGAAAUGCAAUGUCCUCUAACGUGGGGCUGGGCGAAAGGAGGAGGGCUGGAUUUGAAGAGAGGGUUCUUCCACCACGAAGGCAGCAGCUUGUCAGACCUCUCUGUCAGACCGAGAUGGGGAGAGCGAGGAGCUCAGCAGAGUCCAAUUCAUAUCGAGAUAACACAGGGCAACCCAGUUCUCCCAGUCACACUCCAGAUUCAUACAGUAAUGGGUCGAACACAAAGUUUACAAAAACAUCUUUACGUGAACCCUCAGAUUUCUCCCAUCUCUAUAACACAUCUCUAUUCUGCCAGUCCAGGCAGCCCAACCAGGCAGCCCAGAGGGAGGAGGUGCCCGUAGAAAGAACACCAGUUGCAGCAACAAGGCUUAGUUCCAGUCCUCCCAACCAUUCCACCUUAGAGAAGAGACCAGAGACUCAAUUCACAUACAGAAGGAUUUGCUCCAGUCCUAACAAAACAGGGAUGGAAUCCAGGUCAUCAACCCCUCCUCACUCUCCUCUGAGGACAUCCCAGGGCUCACCACGCAGGCAACCCUCUGUAUACCAUGUUUCCAGGAAUGUCUCUGGAGUGAUUAGACAUAUCCCGUCAGGAUGCAACCCUGCUGUACCGACGUCAGCUCAGGGCUAUGGCAACAGUUGCCUGAGAGCACCAGUCAGAACUAAUAUAAGCACAAGCGGAAUCCCCAAAGCGCCUCCUAACAACCAGCAGAGCUCCCCCCACUCUAACUACAACCCCAGCCCCAGAGAGAGCUCCCCAUCACCAAAACUCAAGCCUAAAGGAGUUCGCCCUAAAAUUAUCACCUAUGUCCGAAAGAAUCCUCAGUUCAAGCCCCAAGCUGCAGACGGGCCGUAUCAGGUAUCCUCUCUACCAUCCAGGCUCUCGACAUACGCACAGGGCCAAGCACCCAAUUCCUUCAAAGACAACGCUAAAGACCCCUCCAAGCCUGAGACAGAACCCAGAGCAGCUCCAGUGCUUAUGGCCUCCAAUCCGCUGUAUGACAAGUACCGGCAAGACAUGCAGACAAGUAUGUUCCCACCAGGUGUAGUGAGCAGGAGUAUCAGGCCCCCUGGACAUGCAAACACCGUCCCCCCUGCACACACACAUGCCCCUCCGCAUGUGCACCCGCACAGCCACACAGCACCCCCCAAACUGGGCUGUAAAGCAGACAACUUCUAUGGUGCACCAUCAGAGGUGGUGCGAUCUGGCAGUUUCAAAGGGACUUCUGUUGAGGACACGCUACAGCCCCGGACAGCCCAUCCGGCCGGAGGCAGUGGCAGUCUCCUGCGCUCUGGCCGAGGUCUGCGUCUCGGCCUGGGAGCUGUCAACAGGGCGGCUACGGAUGCGGCCAAGGGCAGAGGACCUGGUCAGGGGCAGAGGUCGGCACUGGUUUUCAGCCAGCCAGUCCAACCUGUCAUCCCGGCAACCAGUCAGAGAAGCCAAGAUAACACAGAUGAGGUGUUCACCCAACACACUUCUCCUCCGGUUCCAGCGAUGGCCGCAGCCCAGUCCCAGUCCGCCGCCGUCAGGUCCCUGCUGCCCAAAGCGAGCCAGUCGGGCCUGCGCCCCCCGGGCUUCAACUCCAGCCGUCACCCCGCGGGCCGCCUGGCAGCCUUCGGGUUCGUCAGGAGCUCCAGCGUGUCGUCCGUCUCCUCGGCCCACUCCGCAGACAGCUCGCAGAGUGACCCCUGCAGGACAGCUCACUGUCUGAGUGUGAGUGAGGAGCCUCCUCUUCACAGAGUGACCACCAGCCCUCCGUCAGCUGAUCACCAGCGAGGGGCGCCGUGCCGCAGCCACAGUCUCCAGCCACCCUCCACCCCGGCUCUGCCCCGGCGCUACCUGCCUGCCCAGCCUCGAAGCUCCCCUGGAGUUGGCAGGAAGGAGUUCCAGCGGAGUUCAGAGGUCACGCGUUCUCUCCCGUCCUCCCCGAAGAGGCUCGCAGUGGUUCCUCCCAAACCUCAGUCCCCAGUCCAGUCUGGGCAGCGGCCCGCAGCAGCGGUGCGAGGGUCUGCUCCCCCAGGGUCCCCUCUCCGCGUGGCCCCCCUGAGGCUGCAGCAGGAACAGCAGGAAAGCCUGCAGAGGGAGAAAGAGGAGGCCCAACAGAAAGAGAAGGAAAGGCAGGCGGAGGAGAGGGACAAAGAGGAGCAGAGGGAGGAGGUUCAGAGGCUGCAGGGACGCUGUGAACAGCAGGAGAGGCAGCUGAGAACUCUGAGAGACGAACUGAGGAAGACUUCCUUAGGUCUAGAAGCCUUCAUCAUCACCACUCAGCAUUACUGCCUCAAGAAUAAAACCACAGAGGAAAAUGAAAGGAAACUGUCCAUGGAAAUGCAAAAGAUCAGAGAGGAAAUGGCAUCCAACUCAGUGCGAUGGGAGCGGCUCUAUCGGGAGAAGAUGGCGUUGGAGGUGGCGUUUGAGCGAGAGCUGCAGGAGCUGCAGCUGCAGCAGGAGGCGGAGCUGGCUGCUGUGGAGGAGGGGCUCCGAAAGGGUCACUCAGCAGAGGCUGAACACCUGAAGGCCGAGCAUUGCUCAGAGAUGGUGGAGCUUAGGACUCAUCAACAGGAGCAGGUGGAGGAAAUGGCAGUCCAUCACCAGGCCACCGUUCAGGAGCUCAGAGACAUGCAUAACAUCACCAUGGCAACACUGCAUGAGGAGCACGCCCGUACCAUGAGAGACUUGAGGAAAGCUCAUGAGCAACAGAAGAUGCUUCUCGAGGAGGAUUUUGAAAAACUCAGGCUUUCUCUGCAGGAUCAAGUGGAUACUCUCACGUUUCAAAAUCAGAGUCUGAGGGACAAAGCCAAACGUUUUGAAGACGCUCUGAGGAGGAGUACGGAUGAACAAAUCGUUGACGCUUUAGCUCCGUACCAACACAUUGAGAAAGAUCUCAAGAGCUUGAAGGAGAUUGUAGAAAUGAAGAACCAGCAGAUACACCAGCAGGAGAAGAAGAUCUCCGACCUGGAGAAAGUGCAGGCCCAGAAGAACGUGUUCCUGGAGGAGAAGGUCCAGGUUCUGCAGCAGCAGAAUGAAGAUAUGAAGACUCGUAUUGAUAUGAACCUGGUCAUGUCCAGGCAACUAUCAGAGGAAAACGCCAACCUCCAUGACUCUGUCGAGAAGGAGAGCACAGAGAAGAAGCGUCUGAGCAUGAACAACGAGGAGCUCCUGUGGCGCCUCCAGACCAGUCCCCUGAUGUCCCCCGCCUCCUCCCCACUGCACCGCUCCUUCUCUACCUCCCCUGUCCCCUCAUCCCAAUUCUUUUCCUCCUCACCUGUAGCAGGGUGCGACUCCCCCACCCACUGUCACGGCUGUCCCAAGCUAGUUCAAUACUCCUCCCCUGCCCACAGGGUCACCACCAAUCAAAACCUCUCCCCAGGACCAGCCACACCCACUCACAGGGCAGCGAGCAAUCAAAAUUACUCCCCGGGCCCAGCCACGCCCACACACAGAGGGUCGGCCAACCGCUGCAACUUAGCUGCAAGAUAA